CUCUUCUAUCCUCCUUUCUUUCCACAGGUCUUUUUGUAAUUCAUUCCUGACUGCAUGUUCUAUUAACAUUCCUCUAGUGUUUCAGGGUUUGUUUUGAAGCAGGACUGGCUGUUCUUCGUGUUUUCUCACUGAACUGUGAUUUAUUUUUUAUUGCUCUUCUUUAAUAUCUUUUCUGUUUGUAUCAUGGAACUUCUUGGUUUUAUCUGCUUGUCGUGUGUUUCCCUCAUUUUUUGUGUGGUGUUUGUGGUGGUGUUGUUGUUGAUGUGUUCCUUCCCGUGUGUUUUUGCCCCUGGUUUCUCGUCCUUCUUUCUGCAUACCUCUUCUCACACCCCUCUCCUCUGUCUGUCUGUCUGUCCAUUUUUGUGAUGUGACCCCCUCACCCCUAACUCCCCCCCUCCCAGAAGACAUGGACUCCCCCGGUCGGACAAACUCAGGUGCUAUGGAUGUUGAGGAGCGGACGCGGCAGAUGAAACUGAAGAUGAACAAGUACAAACAGGGAACAGGCUCAGACUCCAGACUGGAACAGGACUAUCACAAGCGUUCAGGCAGGGAUCCUCAGCGGGGAGAAAACCUCUCGGCCAAGUCUUCGGACAGUGAUGUUAGCGACGUGUCCGCUGUGUCGAGAACCAGCAGUGCGUCUCGAUUCAGCAGCAUGAGCUACAUCUCUGUCCAAUCAGAACGGCCGCGGGGCAGCCGCAAGAUCAGGCAAAUGGGAACGGCGGCCGGGGGCAACAUGACCAAGAGCACCAGCAUCGGCGGAGACAUGUGCAGUCUGGAGAAGACCGACGGCAGCCAGUCGGACACGGCCGUGAGCCUGGUGGGAACCGUUGACAAGAAACGGCGCUCCAGUAUCGGCGCCAAGAUGGCGGCAGUCGUGGGUUUGAGCCGAAAGAGCCGCAGCGCAUCGCAGCUCGGCCAGACAGAAGCAGGAGGAAAGAAGCUGCGCAGCACUAUCCAGAGGAGCACGGAGACGGGACUGGCUGUAGAGAUGAGAAGCAGAAUGACCCGGCAGGCCAGCCGGGAAUCCACUGACGGCAGCAUGAACAGCUACAGCUCAGAGGGAAACCUCAUUUUCCCCGGAGUGAGACUCUCUUCUGACAGUCAGUUCAGUGAUUUCCUGGAUGGACUUGGCCCCGCCCAGCUUGUGGGGAGACAGACAUUAGCCACACCCCCUAUGGGUGACAUUCAGAUCGGGAUGGUGGAAAAGAAAGGAGCUCUAGAGGUAGAGAUCAUCCGAGCCAGAGGCCUUGUGGGAAAAUCAGGUUCUAAGGCACUGCCAGCCCCUUACGUAAAGGUGUAUCUACUGGAGAACGGCGCCUGCAUAGCCAAGAAGAAAACUAAAGUAGCACGAAAAACACUGGACCCUCUUUACCAGCAGCAGCUGUCGUUCGAAGAGACCCCAGGAGGAAAGGUUUUACAGAUCAUUGUGUGGGGAGAUUAUGGACGUAUGGACCACAAAUCCUUCAUGGGAGCCGCUCAGAUACUUUUAGAUGAUCUGGACUUGUCCAACAUGGUUAUUGGCUGGUUCAAGCUUUUUCCUCCCUCUUCAUUGGUCGACUCAACCUUGGCCCCGUUGACCAGAAGAGCUUCCCAGUCAUCUCUCGACAGUGGGUCUGGGCCGUUCGGACGCUCGUAGCAGUUUUCUGAAAUCUAGCGUUAUUGUAGCAGCCAUUGGGUGGAGUUUGAGAUUUGCGACAGGUCCCGCCCCCACGGUAACACUGCAUGCUUGAUGUUGUGUGUUCAGAGCUUGUUUCUUAGGGGUGAAAAAAGCGGUCGCAAAAAAAUGCUGCACAAAUUGUGUGCAAAAAGAGCAACCCCUAUAGGGCAGGGACGAGACAAAGCUGGAAAAUUGUCUCCUUAGCUUGAGGAACGUCACCAUUCCUGCUUUUAGAUCCUAUUUGAAGCCAUUUGAGAUGAGUCUGAACUGAGAACUGACCCAUCGAGUUCUUCAGAAGCCCUUUUUGAAAUGGGGUGAAAUGUUCUUUUCAACUUUCUUUUCCCAUUUAUGUUUCUUUUAAUGUUGUAUGUAUUUGUAUCUACAUGGGCUAACAGUGUUCCUUGGGUCAAGCCAUGCCAACAGACCCAGAAAUGUACACACAAAACAAGAAUAUGACAUGGGAAUGAACACCUCACUCCCCAGUCAACCGAGAGAUGAAAUGUAUAGGCUUGAUUUCUCUUUUAAGAUCAAAUUGAAGUACUGUACUUCUCUUGAUACCGUAUGAAACCUAAACAAGAAAUAAUGAGGUUUUUUUGUUGCAUGGAGAAAACUUUAGCUGAACCUAACAAUAAAAGUGGAUAGAAGAUAAUUUUCUCAGACUGCUACUUGCAACAAAAAAAAAAGAUGACAAGAAAAAAAAAGAAAAAUGUGUCAGAUCAGCCAUUUUCAACAAUUUCUAUUAUUUGUAAAGAUAAAUUUCGCUAGUGCAUGAUUUUCAUGGGGAGUGAAUGCUACCGUGUGAUUUAAAAAACAAAACAGAAACAAACCAUGAAACCUUGUUUUGUGUCCUGUAGACCGUUCAUUGGUCUCUCUACUGUAUUUUUACAGACAAGCAGAUAAAUGACAAGUUGAACAUUUUAUUUACAGUGAGAAAUCUGUUCAUGUGACAAAUAUGUAAAAAAAAAAAAAAUGUCUAUGAUUUAUUAUUGUAAAGGCGUAAGCCUUAUGAAGCUAAAGAUGAUGUGCAAAUUGUACGUUUCUCUACUUCUCCCUUGUCCCAGGGUAAACUCUCUGUACUUAUCGUUUCGGUCGUCACAUUUUUCAUUGUUCCAGUACUUUUAGAAUUUUAAUUUUCAGGGCUUGUUCGUUUCCUACAGCUCUUCUAGUUUUAAUCUAUAUAUUGUUUUGGAGUUCGCUCGUUUAAAAAGCAUGUUGAAAAGGGUUUUUGGCAACAUGGCUUGGGCACAUCUUACUGUAACUCAGCAUGUUUUGAUAAAGACGAUAUUUGGAGAGAAAAGAAAAAGCGGUUUGUUGUACAGUGCAUGUCGACGGCGAUCCUCUCUCCCCCUUCACCCUCAAUUGGAUUUUAGUGAAAAUUAGGCAGUGGUCUCACACGGACUAGAAGGGCAAAAUUCCGAAUGAACAUUCCACCCUGUAAGUUCAUACUUUGACAAAUUUAAGGGAAAAACGUGACCAGGGAUUUUUAUAUCUUUACGGAAAUAUGAGCUGCAGUAUUCCUGACAAAAGAGCCCAAAAGUUCACAAGGUCUUUUUACCGGAGACGGCUGCAGCUCGCUGACUUUCGCAGUAUUGUGCUGUACAGUUUUCCGAGCAUGAUGCUGUCUGCAGAGUAAUGCACAUCGGGACGAUGAUAUUUGCCACACAAUAUAACUGGUUUUUAUUUCUUCGUUUCAAGGAAGCAAGUCAUUUAAUAUAUUUUUGU